AUGAUUAUAUUGUUUUUUAUAACAAGUACUUUUGCAUCUCACAUUUAUCCCAUAUUUUAGAUAUAGACAACUCAAAAUUUUCAAUUAGAAUAUGAAUCAGGUUCUUUGACAGUUGAUUUGAAUUCUGAAAUGAGUUAUUUAAGUAAAGUAGGAAAUAAAAUCAAAUGUAAUUCAGCUCCUUUUGGGGAAUAAAUAAAAUGUUAAUAUUGCUCUCCUGAUUGUAUUGUAUAAGAUACAUAAUUGAUAUCAUCAGAAAUCACUUUAAUGGACAUUUUUAAUUAAGAAGAAUCAGAACCAAUAAUAUACAUUAAUACAAAUGAAUCUGAAAUUUUGGGAUUAGGAUUAUAGAGGGGAUGUAUGUGUAUAUAUAAAUAUGAAAGCUAAGUAUCCUUAGAAUCCAUUCAUUUCAAAUAUAUUUCAUAUUUGUUUUGGUUAUACUAGAGGAUUCAUUUCUAGAGAAUUCAAGAAUCCUAAUUUAAGUCAAUUACAUUAUAAGGCAAAUGAAUCCAAUUAUCAAGUAGAUUUAAGAAUGAUCAAAAUAAAUGAUUAGAUGAUAAUAGAUACAAGUGGAAAUGUAACAUAUGUUGAUAGUAAAGAACCAUUUAUUUUAUUACCGGAAGAUUAAUAUAUAAUGAUUCGAGAUUAUUUGCAGGAGUAUGGUGUACAAGAGGAAGGGAAGUAUUUGAUUGUGAAAGAUAAAUCAAAAGAAUUACCAACUAUUUAGAUGAUAUUUGAAUAAAAUGAGAAGAUUAGAUUGGAUAAGGAUGCAUAUUCAUAUAGACUUGUAGAUGGAAGAGAGAUUGUUACAUUUUAUAGAUCUAAGAUUAAUCGUAUAAAAUUGGGAUUACCAUUUUUAACUUAAUAAUUGAUUACUAUAGAUUAAAACAAUUAGAAAUUAUUCAUCACUAAAUACAAUUGUUAAGAUUAGUUUAAGUAGACAUAAUAGAAUACUCCUUAUUUAAAACAUAUUGUAAUUCCAUUGAUUUUAGUGUUACUAAUAUUUUAUUGUAUUUUGAAUUAAAAAGCAAAGAGUGAUGUAAAGAAAAGGUAAUUAGAAUAGUAAGAAUUAGUAAAAUUGAAGGAAGAGGAAGAAGAAUAAAUUUGA